AUGGCGGAUGACGAGCCUAAAAGCAUACGUUCGCUGUUUCUCACAGCAGAGCGCCUUCGCAACAACCUCAACAGCUUUCCGGAUUCAAACAGUCCUACGUACCAGGAAAACCUCAUAAACGCCAUCGCCACCUACGAAGCAUGCCUCACCCUUUCAGAACAAGUGUCACUCUUCUCUCCAAAUGAAUCGCUCGACGAUGUAUCAUCAUCAGAUAUACAAUACAUGUCCAUAAACUACCACCUCUCCGACCUAAUCCAAAAGAUCAAAAGCCAAGACAUCUCAGAGCGAAAAGCAAACCUUUUAAAAGCACGGGACCAUUAUGAGCGCUUCAUCAAGCUGCUUGACUCCUACGACGUGCUCGGCGCCAGCGACGCCAAGCUCUAUGAAACUUACCUAGAAGACAAGUCCAAUUUCUCCGUCGCCAGCACGCGCGAUGCCGCCGCCCGGCGAGAUGCCAAGAUCGCGCGUUUCCGCGAGGAGAAAGAGCUGAAGCGCAAACUCGCGUACAUCCAAGCCAACCCUAAGCUCGCUGAAAACGACGAGCAAGUCGUCCGUGAGCUGCACCUUACGAAUCUGGCGUUCAUGGUGCAUCAAACAUUUGCAUCACUUGAGUCGCUAGCCCAGGAAUUGCAUAUUAUUUCUCUAGCUCCGUCGGCGCCGCCGCCGCAAGGCGAGACCGCAGGGCCGCAGGACGCAAGAGAGGAUGAACGCAACCGCGAUGCGUACUCUGAGCGGCUUGACGGUCAGGUUGCGGGUCUGAGAUACAAAGGGCCUAUUUUGAGUAGUGAUGGGAAGCCGAUGCGGCCUUUUACGCUGCUGGAUACGAGGCAGCGGCUGCAGCAGGGCGUGUUCAGACCGGAUCAUAGUCUGCCUACUAUGACUAUAGAUGAGUACCUAGAGGAGGAGAAAAGGAGAGGGGGAAUCAUUGACGGGGGCGGCGAGCAAUCCGGAAUCCGACCGGAGGUGGAUGAGGACGACCUACGCGCAGCAGAUGAGGAGACGAUGAAGGCGCGUGCGUGGGAUGAAUUCAAGGAGGAUAACCCGAAGGGAAGUGGUAAUACGAUUAACAGGGGAUAG